UUUUCUCUGACUUCUAUAAAGAUCACAGUUUUAUACUCUCUGGUCUUAGGAGGAAACAGAGUAAGAGAAAGGCAUGGCAAUGAGAGCGGUGGCGGCAGCACCUCGUGGAUUGAGAAGACUAUUUUCGAGCUUCACUUUCACUCCGCCAAGCUCCGCUGCGACUACAGCUCCUCCUCCGGCAGAACCAUCGACUAACCUCUUCGUCUCAGGGCUUAACAAACGUACAACUUCUGAGGGACUCAGAGAAUCCUUUUCAAAAUUUGGGGAAGUGGUCUAUGCUAGAGUUGUGACUGAUCGUGUAUCGGGGUAUUCCAAAGGCUUUGGUUUUGUGCGAUAUGCCACUUUGGAACAGGCUGCUGAAGGUAUAAAGGGCAUGGAUGGCAAGUUUCUCGAUGGGUGGGUUAUCUUUGCUGAGUAUGCAAGACCAAGAACACCACCGGCAUGAUCUGAGGAUAAUGGAGCCCCAUCUGAGCGACCGAUGUAUUGAAAGUUUGAAACGAUUCAGUUUGGCAGUACUGUUUAUAAAUCCUAGCUUUCUCUCUCUCUCUCUCUCUCGUGGGUUUUUUGUUCUUUUGGAUCAGCAAUCCUAGUUCUCUAUUUUGCCUCAAGAGAGCUUUGAUGAUCCACAGUACUUGGCAAAAGAUUAGGUCACAGUGACUACUGAGCUGAUUGAUUAUUGAACUAUGAAACACGGGAACAUCAAAAUGGGUGGAUAAUGAGACAAUGGCUAAAAUCUAUUGUUACUAGAGAGUGUAGAAUAAUGUUGCCUGUUACUUGUUAACGUCCUUGGGAAUUCUGGGUUUACAACUUAAUAACGUUGCACGCCAAGUGCGAAACCGGAAUCAUAAUAAAUUCCAAUAUUAUUUCUC